CACUCUCAACACCAACAUGUUGUCAGGAUCUGUGCCCUCCUCGAUCACAAAGCUCACUGCUCUUUCUUUCUUGUAACUUGGUUCCACUUCCAUUUGAGUAAUAGUCGACCCGUCCCAACCCGACUCGUCCCGACUCUGCCGGUCAGGACUCGGCCAGGGGUGGGUCGGGCUGAGGAUUUCUUCGACCGACCAGCUUUAUGGGGUCAGGCCGGCAAAUACCCGAG